AUGAGCUUGCACAUUAGUAAACUGAUUGAGCAAUAUCGUUCCACUAAGGACAAUGACCUUAAAUAUAUGCUUUUAAGGCAAAACUUUAAAAUUAACGACAUAGAGGAUGAGCUGGCUCCUCUUGUUAACGAAUUGCUGCUCCCGGUAUUGGUCGAAGAACAAGACAUGGAAAUUCUCAACCUAGUAUCGUUUCAAGUGCUCCCCGAUUUAGUUCUUUCUAUGAUCAGCGACCCUGCAGCUGCUCAGUUGGGAUGGGUAAUAAGCUUGAUAUGCGACCCUUUAUUAAACCAAAGCAUGAUACAUGCAAAUCGUUCUUUUGUUCUGAUUGAGACACUAAGAAAUGUGUUACAAAAAAUUGAAAACUCCCCUCAUUUAGAUUACCACCAACCAGUAAACAGUUCAUUAGAGUUUAUCUCCAAAUUUAUUGUUGAAAUGAAAAGGCAUAUGUGUGAUGUGGAUGCUGCGCAGCUUUCACAUUCACUUUCUGAAAGCAAUAUGCUAAUUUACAUAGAAUCCCUUAAUCUAUUGCUAAAAUUUAGCUUCUUUUCAGACGCGGCAAGUCCUUCAGUAAUGGUCACACUGCCCUUUGAUAUUUUGAAUGACGUUUUUACAAUUGCGCAGGACUAUUCUGCUACGAAUACAAAUGAAAGCAUUGAUAGGAUCACAGAAAAAUUACUUUUGACUUCUACGCAAUUAACUCAUCCGGUGGACCUGGAAAAUUUAUGCCCCAAAAUGAAGUACAAUACUUUAGCAGCAGUUUCUCGAAUAUGGUACAAAUUUGGCCCCAUAGUCGAUAAAUUAUUUACUAACCGGCUAUUACCGGUUCUAUUCCCCCCGCAAAUGGGAGAAGAAUGUAACGUCGAAGAUGUUCUCGAAAUAGUUCAUAACUUCCAUCCAUAUUUUUCUAUUCGUAGGCUAAAGGAUAAUAGGCCUCUAUUGUCAGAUUCGACUAUUAGCCAGCUAAGAGAGGGUUUGUUUGGUAUGCUCAGCAUAUUAAACGACUCGCUGACAAGGACGCAAAAUGAAAACGACCAUGGUAGCGACAAUCUGAUCGACAGUGACGACGGAUUUGGCUCAGACAACGAUCCUGAACAACAAGCGUACCUCGAUGAACUCGUAUCAGAAGGUUAUGACGAAAACAUGUAUGACGGUGAUACGGAUGACGAAGACGCAGAUGAUAUAAACGUUGAAAAAAAUGAUGAAGCCACCAAAGACAUUACAGAAACGAACAAAAUCCUUUUAAUCUUUUCUGAGUUACAUUAUCCUCAGGAGGAGCGCUUCUCUGAACUGUUGGUUGAGUUGCAGACUAAGAUCGCUAUAAACACAUCCUUAAUUGAUAAAAUUCUUUCAAAAGAGACAACAGAAUUACCCACUCACAAUGGGGAAAUCGCAGAUUUGAACGAAAUUCUAAAUGAAGUGAAAGGCAAUAAACCAAUUAGAAAAAACGUUAUUUUUUGUACGUUAGCGCAUACUUUGUCGUUGCAAUCCGGUUCCGAAUUGUCUGUUCUACAGCUAUCAAUAGAGGUUAUUGAUCAUCUGCUGGUUAAAAAUCAUUCAAAUAACAUCACUCGUGGCGAGCAAUUUCAAUUGAUUAAGUUGAUAUUACCCCAUCUAAAAACAAAUAAAUCUUUUAUUGAUACAUUAAAAGCAGGAAAUUUUACCCAAAAAAUUGAUGAAGGAGUGACCUUAAGAACAAUGAUUCUUUCUCUACUACUACAACUAUUCCCACUGGAUUACUCUAUGCUAGGUGAGAUUUUACCCACUAUUGCGCGAUAUUCUGUAAGGGAUAAGGAUCUUGGGGUGAGAGAUCUGUCCUUCCAAUUGCUGGACCAAAUUCUACGCACAUACUAUAAUUACCUAAUUGGUAUCGAUUGGGAAUGGUAUAAAGAUGACUUCUAUCAAGUUUUGCAAGAAACUUGUAUUAAAAAAGACAUAAAUACCAACCUCUUGCUACAAUUUCCUCCUUAUCUCCCUCAUGACUAG